CUUUUGUGUCGAUAUACUUAUGUUUUAUAAAGACCGAAGAAAAAGAGAAGGAAAAAAACGGCUUUCGACCAAGUGCAAUUUACGGUUUACAUUCACAGAUACACGAAUCAAGAAAUACCAAAUGUGCGCGAGGCCAUCCAGCAAGUUUUUUCUAUCUCUAUCUCAAAGAAUUGUAAUUUAUCAGAAUAGCUAAGUGAUUAUUAGUCAGAAAGGAACACAACAUAAACUACGGAUUACUUGAUCUCAAGAGAUAUUCAAAUUCGUUGAUAACGCUUUUCCAUUUGUGAUAUAAUAAUUUUUGUAACAUUUCAUUUUCCUUUUUUUUUUUCUCUCGAUCCGCUUAUACAACUCUUAAGUUUGAUUGAGUGCAUAAUCUUCCAGUUAAUUCAAUUCCCAUGAAGUAGGUGCGUAUGCACCUGUAAUGCUAACGUGUGCGAGGAUAAUUCCAGAGCAUGCUCAACCUACAAGAUUGAGAUAAGCGGGUUUGAAAAGCGUCGAGAAUGAUCGUCAUUAGGUGUAAUGGUUAUUGAAAGAUUAUUGUUUCUCUCAUUCAAUUUGAGAAGGAUCGUUUGGAGCCCCCACCAAACUACGGGUAUAAACCCGGGCCACGUAUUCGUAUUCGAAGUCAAAGGCUCGCUCGUUCGCUCUAAGCGAAGCAUCUCCAUAUCCCGAGGGCGACGGGUGUAAGCCAACAGCACGAACCGAACGCGCGAGUCCGCCCACGCUUCAGGUUCAGCUUUGGGUUCGUAGCGGCGAAGCGCGGGGUCGAUUACGACACUCACGGUCUGUCCGAAUUGCUUCAGCCAUUGAUGAAACCUGCGGAGAGUUACCGGUAGCCUAAGGUGCAGCCCAGCAGACCGGUUUCGACUUUCACGUGGCUUUAUCGAGUGCUACACACGGCUCAAACAUACGCUCGAUCUUUCGUAUCUCCAUCCCAUGCAUACGCUCACUGAUAUCUAUUUAACGUAUCGCUCUCGGUGCUCCUGCUCCCGCAGCGGUAUCCUUUUACUUAUACAUUUCAGGCGAAAACUAUCCCUAGUUUUAUCAAACUACCCGCACGUGUUCCAUUAUCCAAUAAAGAAAUUCAAUCGGUUUAUUGUAAGUAGUUACACCGCGUAGGGUAUAUCAGUGGGGUAUUAUCAACUCGAACCGCUUGUUAUUAUAACGGUCUAUACACAUCAUAAAUCGGAGACUUCAACGCCUGGCAUGGCGUGACGUUUUGUUUUCAUCUCGUGCAAUCAAAAUAUAAACCUAUCGAAUCCGUUUAGAUGCGAGUCAGAUAGAUAUUCUAUAAAAACCGCAGCUUCCGCGAUGUAUCUUUUACUCCGCGAGCGAUACCCAGAAAAUAUUUACAUCUACGUGGUGCGGAUGAGGCGGUCGCUGUUUAUUUCAAUCUGAGUGUAAUCGAUCGAUCAAUUUAUAGUUCCUAUAGAUUCUGAAAGAUCGGGGCCUCUGGCGCAGCUUGAAAUCUUUAAGGCCGUGAGCGAAAGAUUUCUUUUGGUAUCAAGGGCCGCUGUACACUCCGUUCUUUUCCAGUCCCCAAAAAUUGAGAAAGUUGCCGGAUUGCCUCGCGUAGGUGCAGCGAAAGAAGUUGCCCAAGUUAAUCUCUGUCGGAGCAGCGCUGCACCCCAUAGGUCCCUUAAAGCGUCACAACAAGUGGGCGUCGAGGAGGUUCGGGUAACGGCUACGUCCUCGUCCUCCUCGUCGUCCUCUUCUUCGUCGUAGUCGUUGAGCCCGAUGUCACCGUCUUUGCGAGCAUUUUCUGCCGUUUGCUUCGGCUUCGGUUGCUACUUCUGCUGCAGGCGCGGGGUGCCCCGUCUUCUUCUCCGUCGUCGCGUACUUGUCUCCCGUUCCAUACAUGGCUAUGCUAUGUUGAAAGCGACACGGUCCCCACCGGUCCCCGUCGAGUCAGUCCCAGUCCGAUGCCUCGAUCCUCCUUUCCUCUUUCCUCUUUCCUCUUCCCUUCGUCGUUCCCCACCUUUUAUCCCCCUCACUCCCUUCUUUUUCUUCCAUCCGCGACCUGGGCCCGCCGGGCCCCCUUGCCCCCUGUAAACUCCCUCCCUUCGUACCAAGUCCCACGUUUCUUCCGCGAGUCAAACCCGCUGUUGAUACUCUCUUAUACGAUCAGUGCUUGAGGCUCGCAGUUUUCUUUAGUUUAUCCCCGCGAGCUGGUGCCAGUUUGCGUGAUUUAAUUAUAUAAAGUGUACGCAAUUCAUACGGAUUACAAUAGCGAUUAAUUUCACUUGUCGCGUUAUUAUUGUACUGUGGUGAAGAUAAAACUUGUAUAUCGUUUGUGCGAGUGGCGGGAAAUGCUAAUUUGUAAUAUUGAAGUUUAAAAUCGCGAACGGUACCCCCGCGAAGGGAUGAAAAUUAUUGUAGAAAAAUUUUCCUAAAUAUUAUUCAAGAAUAUUUAGGGUGAUAUACGACAAAUGUUGGGGUAUCUCCAAUUUGUUAUCCGGGCCGCAAUCCCGAGUCCUGCAGACUCCUCGCAAAGGAUCAAAAGCUCGAGCGACCUGCUGUACGAAGAAGAAGAGGAAACCAUCGUUGACCUCUACAGUCAAACGACCAGCGAAUUUUUGAGGGUCAAAGAUGUGUCGGAGGUUGAGGGACAAUUGUAGACGUGCAGCUGAGAAGACGAUUGAAAAGGGUUUCCCUCCGCGGGACCCGGAAGCCAGAGAAGUCUUCUGCAUAUGCAACUUUCCUCGUAUCACAAAGUCCCAGAGGAAGUAAACGGAGACCCGAAAUCGAAGUUCGCAGUCCUGCAAUACAAGAGCUGGGUCGCUGACAAUUGGAAAAAGGUCACGACUACAACAAGAGUCAGCGCAUCGGCUUCGCGAUCCUGGGUUGCGGAUAUCACCUCAGACGAUCAGCGCGACAAGCGAAACUCUCAUACCAAAUUUUACUAUCAAUGAAAAGAAGAAUGUCCGUGCAGAUGAAAAACCGAGUGCUGAUCCAUGUGCUGGUCUGCCUCGCAGUAACAGCCGCAAAGACCACAUCGGAAGACGAUGGGCCCACUGCUCGGGAAACCCGUGCGUCAGGAGUCAUUAUCCAGAACGAAUGGAAAUGCCCAAACAUCACGAAACCCCUCGCUGUCGAAUGUUCCUGCGAUUUCCCGCACACCCUGAGGUGCACAGGCGACAAAACUGCUCUACAGGUGAUAAGCAGACGGUUGCGGAUGUUCCGCGCCGGGACUAUUUCCCUCUUGGAUAUAACGGUUACCGGAACUUCGGUACUUCCGGCCCGUUUUCUCGAAGGCGUACCUCUCCACGGACUGGUCGUUUCGACCGGCGAAUUGAGGCGUGUUAAUGAGAGUGCGUUUUCCGCUCUGGCACGGUCCCUGCAGGCCUUAGGACUUCCCAAUAAUCUUUUAGAGUCGGUGCCGAGCACCGCUUUACAUUCACUUACCGGUCUCGAGAGGCUCGAUUUGUCCCACAAUAAGCUGGAUACCCUCAAGGCGAACUCGUUCGCGGGCCUGACGAACUUAACGUAUCUAGACCUCAGCGACAAUCUUCUUUCGCAACUUUCACCCCAGGCAUUUCCAGGCCUUGUAUCUCUCAGGCUACUCAAAAUGCGGGGCAAUAGCCUCAGCGUAUCUGCGCUCUCGGCGCUGAGGGGAUUGAAGAAUCUUGAGGAACUUGACCUUUCCAGCAACUUACUCGUCGGUCCGACUACCCCGAAUCUUUUACCUCGAAUGCCCACUCUCAGAUUGCUCACUAUAGCCGGAAAUAAACUUGUCCAAGUACAAAGGGGUGCGCUUCAAGGGCUUCCGAAUCUCACGUCUCUGAGUCUCAGCAACAAUCAGAUCGACGUUUUGGAGGAUCAUGCAUUCCGAAAUUUAUCAACAUUGACGAAGCUGGACCUGGCGAACAACCGGAUAGUCGCUGUGUCAAGCGCGUCUUUGGCACAUCUUGAGAAGCUCACGUCGCUUGACCUGACUCAUAAUUUUCUACGUUCUUUAACCCCGGACUUGAUUCUUCCUUUGAAGAACCUACAGGACCUUCGAUUGGACGAUAACGAUAUCAGCAUGGUAGCCAGCGAAAUUCUGACUCCAAACCUCAAGCUCAAGAGACUCUCGUUAGCCGAUAACCCAUUGAACUGCGAUUGCACUUUACUUGACUUUGCAAAUUGGCUAACGAACUCUACGUUUUUAAACGAAGAAGAUCGUGACUCUGCAGUUUGCGCGACUCCCCCUGCCUUGGAGAACGGAAUUUUGGCCCAGGUUUCCCCUGGAAGUCUGCUUUGCGGCGAACCGGUCCCUCCUUUUGCUACCCUCGCGCCGUCAGUUCCUGCUCCAGGUACCCAGAUAACUCUGAAGGACUUUGACUAUCAGGAAUCAGGGGCUAUAAACCUGAUAUGGAACAUCGAACCCUGUUCUAGAACGUACACUUGCGACAGACUGAUGGUCUACGAGACUAUAACGGGAGGCAACGAAGUCCUCGUUGAGUCAAGACCUCUUCGAUGUGAAUCGAGGCACAUGUCCGACCCGUGUAAUCUCCCAGUUACCCUCCCUUCGAAUCUCUUACUAGAGCCUGGACACAAGUACCGCUACUGCAUUGCGAUUUUUCAGUCAGUCGGGGACUUAUAUCUAGUCCCGGGAUGCAGCGACGUAUUUGUUUUAGAAAGAAAUACCGCGUUGCAGUCCCUUACACCAUCGUCCCCGACACCCACGGGUCCCAAGAUCGCUGCGAUUAGGACCAACGCUUCGGAUGACGGGUUUCUCUACGUAGAUGUGAACCUCGUUGGCCGGGGCCCGCGAGAUCCAGAUUGCGAAUUGAGUCUCGUUAUUUUUUCCGCCGAGUCGGUAGUCCGCGAACGGAAACUCAACUGCUCGAGGAGCUACGCGACCAUAACGGAUCUCGUCCAAGGUCCUUACAGGGUCUGCGUUACUCUCCAAGAAUUCGAAUCCCGAACGGAUAGACCCCCUAAAACACGAUGCGUUGAUGUCACCGUAAGAGGUGUCAGACACGGGGCACGAUUAGAGAUUGUACUUUUUGUGGUAAUCGUGGUUUCUUGCGGUUUACUAGUCGCCGCGCUUUGGGCCGGACGCAGUUUACUGAACAAAUCUAGACCGACGCGUAUCCAGGGGCAGUGUUUCCUGCCGGCUGAAGAAUUUGAGAUUACUCACAGGGCUAGAUACGUCAAACUCCUCACCACGACUAAGGUCUGACCUGGGAAACAAGGUGACAAAAACGAGGUAUCAAAUAUUAUUACAGUUGUGUACAAAUCGCAGAUAUAUUAUUGGGGUAGGGACCUUAUUUUCAUGGGAUACAGUUCGAAAGAUAUUUUCGAGAAAGGAAAUACGUGGUCUUCAGUCCGCCUCAGUACUAUGGAAGAGAUAAAUCUUGGGUACUUUAUACACCGUGAGUAUAAACUGGAAUUCGGAAUAAUUGGAGAAAUCCAACUAGUACCUAUAUUAUAUGAUUUAAUAAAGCAAUUCAUAUCGACAUAUUUUUCUAACAAAACGGUAAAUGAGCUAAUUAAUUAUAUAAAAUCUUAUGCGGUUAUAGCUAUAGAAUAUGAAAUUGAUGAUGGAAGUUUUUGAUCGUGAAGUGCGGUUUUUAUGAAUUGUUGAAAAAUAAACACAUACCGUAUGCUGUGUUUGUUCUUUCCUAACACGUGCCGAAACGAUAUAUUUUUUAACGAUUAUUUAACGUGCGUUCUAUUAGCUAGUAUAAUUACUAACGAUCAGUUCACCCCUCUAAAAACUUUCAUUUAUUGCCAAUAUUCGACAUUCGUGACUUCACGCCGGUAUAGAAGUGCAUUAAUUCACGACGAUUAUUCAUAAAUAUUGAUAUAUAAAGUUUGUAAAAAAUAUUCGCGUUGUUGAUUUGUUAAUAUUUUGUGCCUGAGCCGUAGGUCUUAGUAUUAUUUAUUAUAAGUACGUGCUGUUAAAAUUAUCAUAUGAUUUUUAAACGUCACCGCCGCUUCACCGUGUGAAUUUAUUUUGCUAAUAUAUUACAUGCAUUCUUCAUUAUCUACAUUAAAGAAAAAAAAAUCUAUAUACUAUAGAAUUGUUAUUAUUGUUGAAUUUACACGAACUUUGAUAUUAAAACGAUCUGCGUUUACGCAGUCAUAUUGUUAAAACACCAUUAUA